UUGGGUUCUGAGUACGGUGGACGUGUUUCGUUGACCAAACGGUUUCAAGAAGCACUAGAGCAAUCUGUAACAAGGAACUUCAAGGACAACAAUCUCAUUUCUUGCAUGUGUCACAACUCUGAUUCAAUUUACAGUUCAAGAAUAGUGCAGCAGCAAGAGCAUCUGAGGAUUUCAUGCCAAGAGAACCAACAUUUCAAACCUUACACAUCGCCUCUGUCGCAUUUAACAGUCUUCUUCUUCUGGGAGAGAGCAAGCACGAGACAGCCGAGUCCCAUGCUGCAGCAAGAUCAAUAGGUGGUUGUGCAGUAUAUGUUAGUGACAAGCCUGGAAAUCAUGAUUUUAAAAUCCUGAAGAAGCUAGUGCUGCCUGAUGGAUCAGUCUUGAGAGCAAGAUAUGCCGGCCACCCUACUCGAGAUUGUUUAUUUGAAGAUCCUGUAAUGGAUGGUAAAAGUCUGCUGAAAAUUUGUAAUUUAAAUGUUCUGACUGGGGUGGUAGGCGUCUUCAAUUGCCAAGGAGCAGGAAGCUGGUCACUGAAAUCAUUGGAAGCCGCACCCUCGUGCAUAACCAUCUCAGGGAAAGUAAGACCCCUUGAUGUUGAAUUUCUUGAAGAGGCUGCAGGUGAAAAUUGGAAUGGAGACUGCAUAGUAUAUGCCUUCAAGGCAGGCUUGCUUUCCAAGGUGUCUUGCAGAGGAAAACUUGAAGUAUCCCUGGAAACUCUCCAAUGUGAAAUAUAUACAGUAUCUCCAAUAAGGGUGUUUGGUCAUGAUGUGCAAUUUGCACCAAUAGGAUUGCUUGACAUGUACAAUUCAGGAGGAGCAAUAGAAGCCUUGGACUGCACCAUGGAUGUUGCACAGUGCGUAGUAAAAAUCAAAGGCAGAGGAUGUGGCCGUUUUGGAGCCUACUCCAACGUUAGACCGAAAAGUUGUGUAGUGGACAUGAAGGAGGAGGAGUUCUCCUACAUCCCUGAAGAUGGAUUAUUGACUAUUACACUUGGUUGUGAAGGCAAUUCAAGGGACAUGGAAUUUGUAUACUGAGGUGGCUCUGUUAAGUCAAAGUGAAUGUAUUCCAAUUCUUCUUCAGUGCCAUUUUUUUUAUUUACUUACCUAACCCCGGAUGUAAGCAUAUGUUAGAAUUUUGUUGUAGUAAGAAAAGAAAAGAGUGGUUUAAUUGGUGAUGCAGUACUGUAAAUAUUUUUGUAUCGUCUGUAUACCAGUGAUGAGACACCGUCUUAUUCUUUGUAAGUAAUUUGUAAAGAUAUAAGAAAAUUUAAGGGGAUUUAUUUAA